AUGUUUUUCAACCGCCAAAUGAUCCGUGGCGCGACGUCGAUGUCGCAGGCGACUCGUCUUGCUGGCCGCCAGUCGGCCCGCACCUACGCUACUGCGCCCGGCCAGGGCAACGCUCUGAUGGAGCGCGCCCAGCAGAUCGGCACCUCGGUUGCCAAGGCUGCCGAGCGUGCGCUUGGCUCGUACGCGGAGCCGAUCAUGUACAACCUGCGUGUUGCCGGCUCGCUUGCCAAGCAGGUGUACAUCUCGGAGAAGCUCGCUCCUCCGACCUCGUUCCAGACCUGGGUCUCGGCUUACCGCCAGAUCUUCCAGAACCUGAGCAACCCCUCGUGGUGGACGCACACCCUGCCUGCGGGCCAGUGGCGCACGGUCGCCGUCUACGGUGUUGAGGCUGUUGGCAUCUUCACCAUCGGUGAGAUGAUCGGCAAGCGCAAGAUCGUCGGUUACAAGGUCAACACGCACGGCAAGGAGGACCACCACCACUGA